AUGGGCUGGUACUCGCUACUGCCCACGCACUUGAGCGACAUUGAAGGCUGGAUCUCGAGCAUCUUUCUGUUGUUGGGCAUUGUUACAAUGGGCCCAUGGGCUCUUCUCCUUGUCUACGAUAUCCUCUUCUACGUAUACCGCUCCUGCGCCUACCACAUCCCCAUCAUUGGCGGUAAAGCCCAAGGGAAAAGACGACCGCGAGCUCCCAGCCUGACAGAAAGACCCAGUGGUCAGAAGCGUGAUGCGCCGAAAGUACCCAUGCACUCUACGGCCACAGGCAUAGAAAAAGACGACCAUGCUCCCGAGAAGCGUCCGCUUGGACAGAUAUAA